UGGAAAGCAGUUGUAAGACAGGUGCCCUCGGUUCAUUCUCGGCGAGGGGCAGCAGUUGCCUGUGUGAGAGCGAGUGGGAAACGUGUGUGGAUUUCUUUUUUACUUGAUUUCUUUCCCCCUUUUUUCUUUUUUUUUUCCUUUUUUUUUUCUUUUUCGGACCGUCAUUCAGUGGCUGGAUGGCGUGGGACAGGUGUAACCAGGACUCGGUGUGGAGAGAAUUAGAGUGCGCUGCCUUGGUUGGUGAAGACCAGCCCCUCUGCCCAGACCUCCCUGAACUGGACCUCUCAGAGCUGGAUGUCAGUGACUUAGAUGCAGACAGCUUCCUGGGCGGCCUCAAAUGGUACAGUGACCAAUCGGAGAUCAUUUCCACUCAGUAUGGCAAUGAGGCGUCCAAUCUUUUUGAGAAGAUAGAUGAAGAAAAUGAGGCCAACUUGCUGGCAGUGCUUACAGAGACCCUGGACAGCAUCCCGGUGGAUGAGGACGGAUUGCCUUCAUUUGAGGCCCUGGCAGAUGGGGACGUGACCAAUGCCAGUGACCGGAGCUGUCCCUCCUCCCCUGACGGCUCACCACGCACCCCAGAGCCUGAGGAGCCUUCUCUGCUGAAGAAGCUCCUUCUGGCUCCCGCAAACUCCCAGCUCAGCUAUAAUCAAUACACAGGUGGCAAGGCACAGAACCAUGCAGCCAGCAGCAACCACCGGAUCAGACCACCACCUGCCGUCGUCAAGACGGAGAGCCCCUGGAAUGGCAAAGCAAGAGGGGGUUCCAGCUUACAGAACCGCCCGGUGAGGCGGCCUUGCACUGAGCUGCUGAAAUACCUAACAGCCACCGAUGACAUCCUGCUCCACACCAAAGCCAGUGACGCCAAGAGCACGUGGGGUGGUGCCAGUGGCAGAGACAAGAGUGGCCUGGGUCUCGGCGCCUCUUCCUCCUCCUCUUCGCCGUCCUCGUCCUCCACCUCCUCAUUUUCCUCCCUCUCCUCCACCUCCUCAUCUUCCUCCACCACCUCCAAGAAGAAGUCAGCUGUGUCGUCUCAACAGCAGCAGCAGCAGCAGCAGCAGCAGCCGCAUCACCAGCGAGCCAAACCAACCACCUUGCCACUUCCUUUGACCCCAGAGUCUCCAAAUGACCACAAGGGAUCACCGUUUGAGAACAAAACCAUUGAACGCACAUUAAGUGUGGAGAUCGCUGGAACCCCAGGUCUGACACCACCUACCACGCCCCCACACAAAGCCAGUCAAGAGAAUCCUUUCAAAGCAUCGCUCAAAACCAAGUUGUCUUCAUGUUCCUCCUCGGCCUUGGCAUGCAAAAGAGCCAAGUUGACCGAGUUGGGCCCCAGCGCUCUGGCUCCGGCCACAGGUGCCUCAGGCGGGGGCCCCAACAGGAAGGGUCCUGAACAGACUGAGCUUUAUGCCCAGCUGAGCAAAGCGUCCACCACCCUCCCUUACCCCGCCACCCAACGCACAGUGGCGGGCAGUCUUGAGGAGCAUCGCAGUACUAGCAUCAAUAAGCGGGUGGCGCCCCGUGGCUACAGUGACCAUGAUUAUUGCCAAGCAUCAGCUAGGAAGGAUGGCGGCGCAGCCAAUGUUACCAUGGCUACAGCAGCGGAAAUGACAGUCACCUCAGGUGCCACUGCUGCUCCCAUGCCUGCUACAUGCAUAGUGGACGACAGUCAUGUGGAAUGUAAGGACUCAGCCAUGCCACCAUCCUCUUCAUCAUCUUCAUCUUCUCGCGCUCCAUCAUCAACUUCAUCUGGUCCUUUGGCUAAGCAGCAGAAUUUUGCCUCUGUGGAUGGAGAAGCAGUUCAGGUCCAGGGGAAGCAGACACUUACACAAACCAUUGAGAUUCCCUCACAAGAGGCAUCUACUGACAGGGACCAACAUCACCCUUCUGCCAUCAGCCGGAAGCUCCUAUGCGACCAAGAAAUCAGAGCAGAACUCAACAAGCACUUUGGUUACCCCUUAAAAACCCUCUACAGUAAGGGUGGUCAGGAGAGAGAAGCAGACAGCAAAGCAAACAAGGCUGCAGCCCUUCAGUCUCCUGAGGAGCGACAGGAUGACUUCUCCUCCAAGAGGCAGUCUGGCUCCAGCUACCUGCAUCCAGGGUUCCUGCCCUUUCACGAUGAGCUUGAGCUGGGUGAGGGCCGUGAGAGUCGUUUCCUCUACCCAUGGGAGGGCACUCCUCUGGACCUUCUUUUUGACUGCCCCCCCUGCUCCCCCUCCUGUUCCCCACCAUCCAGCUGCUCCCCUUCUCGAGGCUCUGUCUCCCCACCUUCCUCUCUCCUCCUCUUGCCUGGCAGGCCUUUCUACUGGACCAGUAGCGGGUCCCGCUCACGUUCUCGUUCCCACUCUGGCUCCCGAAGCUCCUCCUCACAUUACCGCAGGCGCUCCCUCUCCAGCUCACCGGACAGACGUCCCUCCUCCUGGUCUCGUCACAACACAGAUUCAAGCACUUUUCGUUCCCGGACUCACAAGAGCCCCCACCCUCAGUCUCGAUCUCCUCUCAGCCGCAGGCCAAGGUAUGACAGCUAUGAGGAGUACCAGCACGAGAGGCUGAAGAGGGAGGAGUACCGCCGGGACUACGAAAAGCGGGAAUUCGAAAGAGCCGAGCAGAGAGAGAGGCAAAGGCAGAAAGCAAUAGAGGAGAGACGGGUGGUGUACGUUGGACGACUGAGGUCCAACUGCACCCGGACGGAGUUGAAGCGCCGCUUUGAAGUGUUUGGCGAAAUUGAAGACUGUGCAGUGAACUUGAGGGACGAUGGGGACAAUUUUGGCUUCAUCACGUACCGCUACACUUGUGACGCCUUUGCCGCCCUUGAGAACGGACACACCUUACGCAGGUCAAAUGAGCCUCAGUUCGAGCUGUGCUUUGGCGGACAAAAGCAGUUCUGCAAAUCACAUUACACAGACUUGGAUUCCCAUUCGGACGACUUUGAUCCAGCCUCCACCAAAAGCAAGUAUGACUCCAUGGAUUUUGACAGCUUGCUGAGGGAGGCCCAGCGCAGCCUGAGAAGGUAACCAGUUCAGUGGCACCUGCUGUCUGUCACAAAGAGGGACGUCUUAUACCUCACUGUUGUUCCCCGCCCCCCUUUGACGACGAGACUACCAGAAGUUUUACACUCUAUGUCGUAGAGUAUAUGAGAAUAAGUCUAUAGACCUAUAUCAAUAGAAAUGAAUAUAUCAAGAAUAAAGUUUACAUGAAUAUAGCUGCUGAAGAGCUGGAAAGAGACAGUGCAUUGUGGGAAAAGCCAAUGAACCCUCAGAACCUGGUGCACGUGUUUGGUGCACUCUACUGCUGUACAACCAUGAGUGAAAGAAGAAAAAAAAAGACGUUUUUUUUCUUCCUCUCCAAGUACGACAAUGCCCACGAAUAUUUUGGGUGAAAACAUGCAGCUUGUUCAGCCAGAUUUGUUUUUCUUCUUCCUCUUAUCUGUUUUGCUGUUGAUUUUUCUUUUUGUUUUUAAAUCUGGUGUUUGGAUCUGGUGUUACAUUACAAACAAGAGUAUCGGGGAAUUGUCUUUUGGAGGUGAGAUUCUCAUGGUAACGUCGUCGUCUACAUUUUAUGGAGAAAUGUAGCAAGUGUAUUUACAAAAAUAAUAUUUUUAUUUUGUGUACAUAUCGGAUAAAGUUCUUUAUUUGUUACAGCUAUGCACUGUAAAAUGCAGCCUUUUUUAAAAAUAAGGAGAAAUUUUCUUAAUUCAGAAUGUCGAUCUGUAGUCAUUACAAUACUGUAAAACAUAUUGUACACCUACAUGAUGUUUCGAAGACAUGAUAUGAUUGUAAAAAAAAAAAAAAAUGAGAGAGGAAAAAAUAUGUGUCCAGUUGCUCAUUUUGAGGGAGCAUGUGAACAAACGUCCUUUUUUAAGUUAUUUUGCUGGGGGAAAAAAGAACUGUCAACCAUGUAUAGUUUUCUCUGUUUAUAAUGUUUCUCAAUCAGUGUUUUUGCUUAUACAACCAGUCUAAAAUGCAUUUUUAACGUGUUUUUUCAUGAUUGUAAAAAAAACAAAACAGUUCCCCAUUUUUUUAUCAAUUAUUUCCGAAGCAAUCAGUAUAUAUAUAUAUAUAUAUAUAUACAGAUCUAUAUCUCAGUUUGAUUUUUAUUGCUUUGUCUGCUUUUUUUUAAAAUGAUCCUCAGUGAGAGAGAGAAGACACUUCAUUCAGAUCUUUUUCAAAUCAUUACAAACACAUAUUUAUCUAUUUAUUUUAAUAUUUGAAUCAAAGAAAAACCUAUUUAUGGGCUCCAUUUCACGUGGCGUACCUCAUGAAAUUGACUAUUUAUGUCGUCUGAUUCUGAUUUGUGUUAUUUAACGUGUAAUCACUAGACAGGGUGUACAAUAAAUGGUUUGGUGGGGAUAAUACAA